UGCUUCGCGUACUUCCAAGCUCUAGUAACUUGACAGGACCACGGUCAUGGUACUGCCAUGCCUUUGUGCCUAGGUGAUGGACAGGUACCGCCAAGAUCUAGCAAGACCGUCAUCUGGGAUAUUCGAAUCUUGGAAAAAGCUCAAGUAGAUGAAAUAUUUGAUGUUAUCAGGCAGAAGAGGGUGAAGGAUGCGACGCUGAAGGACCGAAAGGCAGAGCGGAAAGAAGGCGCGCGAGGCGCCUCGGCUGGACUUGCCAUGCAGUCGCGACAUCACGUCCCUUCUCACCACCCAAAUCCUGGUGCCACGCUCCCAGCCCCAGCUUCGGCCAAUCACCACAACCAUGCAGCUCACCGAAGACGACCUCUAUCGCAACUCUACGCAGUUUAGAAAUUGGUCUUUCACCGCGCCACAACUAGCCGCCCAACGGCUGAAGAUCAACAUUCAAGCCACCGAGCGCGUCAAAACGAAUGUUGCGCGUUUACGAGCCCAGCGCGGCAACGACGCCGUGGACAAUGAUACUGUUGGAUCUGGCAUAGACAAGGAGAACGGGAGCGGGACUAGCGGAACCAACACUCCAGAUGGGCGAAUGCAAAGCGUAACAGAAAUAAACUGCCUCACCGCAGAGGAGGAACUGAAGAUAGUAAACGAAUUCUGCGAACGCGCAGUCGCCCUGGGGAACCAUUACAGCUUCCCCUUGAACGUCGUCUCAACAUGUAUCCAAUUCCUCCGCCGCUUCUACCUCUACAACUCUCCCAUGACCUACCACGUUAACAACAUCCUCCGCACAAUAAUGUUUCUCGCCACCAAAGUCGAGCUCUUCCCCAUCCACGUCUCGCAGUACGCUGAAGGCGCUGGCCGCAACGUGACCGCCGAAGACGUCCUCGCCCCCGAAUACAUCAUCGUCCAGAGUCUCCGCUACAACCUCGACGUCCGGCAUCCAUUCCGCGCUAUCAAGGCUGGUCACAUGGAAAUGCUGGAGAUGGCGCAUGGGAAAUACCAGGGGCCGGCGCAGGGACUAGGAUCGAAGGAGAUCCAGGCUAAGAUUUGUUCUGUUCCGGUAAAGGUUGGAGGUCCGGCGAUGAAGAUGCCCGAGAAGAAGGUUGAGGAGAGGAUACAUAAUGCGUAUGGUGUGGCGACUAACACCCUCCGCACUAUUGCCGUGUUGACAGAUGCGUACUUCCUGUACACGCCCUCUCAGAUCUGGUUGUCCGCCCAUCUCCUCGCCGAUGAACCGCUCACGUUGUUUUACCUGUCACUCAAGGUGCCUACGUCUAAUCCGGUUUACGACAAACUCCUGAGCACAUUGCGGAAAUGUGCAUCUCUUAUUUCAAGCCACCGUCUUUAUGUCAAUAAUACACUACCAGCGCCAGAGCGGGAGGCGAGGGACGCGAAGCAUAAGGCGGAAAUCAAGACAUUAAUGCAGAAGCUUAAGAAUUGCCGGGAUCCAGACAAGGCCGAUUUGGUCAAGUUGAAUCAGGCGCAGAAGAGGGAUGCAGUGCAGGGUGAUGCGCUAGAGGAGAGUAAGGCCAAGAGGAGAAAACUGGCGAGGGAGGGGUAUGAGAAGGAGUCUGAUGCUUUCUGGGGGCCUGAGCUUAAGAAGGCGGAGUAGUGCGGUCGUGAUGGUCAAGGAUAUGCAUAUAAAUUUGGCGUUCACUCGUAUCAGGCGACAUUGGGUGGCGUUAUAGGUGUUCCUAAAGAUACCAGUGUGCUCAUCAAGCGAGUAGCACAAGGAGUUUCAAGAGGGUAAACAAAAUCAUUUCACAUUCUUGCUAAUCUGGCUAUGCAAGAUUCCAGAUCAAAGGCCGUGGCGUGCUGCCUCCUAUUACCAAUUACCCCGUCAUGUUAAUAAACCGACGUCU